AUGGGAAAUGCUAUUAAUAAACUGUUACAUCAUUAUAACAAUGUAGAAAAAAAAAAAAAUGAGUAUAAGUUUGGAAAGGUAUUGGGUUGUGGCUCCUUCGGAGUAGUACGAGAAUGCAUUAACAAAGAAACAAAAGAAGUAUAUGCUGUGAAAAUUAUAAAGAAAAAGAAAAAGCACAAAAAGAAUUACAACUUUGAAAAGAUGGUCAAAAAUGAAAUAAAAUAUUUAUCAGUCAUGAGUCAUGAAAAUAUUAUAAAAUUUAAAGAUUUUUUUGAAGAUAAAAAUAAAUUUUAUAUUGUAUUAGAAAAAUGUGAAGGGGGUGAAUUAUUUUAUAAAGUAGUAAAAAAUAAAUGUUUAUUGGAGAGCGAAUCGGUGCUUAUUGUCAGGCAGAUCUGUUGCGCCUUGGAAUACUUACAUUCAAAAAACAUUAUUCACAGAGACAUAAAAGCAGAAAAUUUCUUAUUUUUAAAUAAAAACACAAAGAAUAUUAAGUUAAUAGAUUUCGGAAUGGCUAAGAAGGUUAACUGUGAGUAUUUGACGGAAUUAUGUGGAUCUCCGCAUUAUAUUUCACCUGAACUGAUAAGAAAAAAGUAUACCAUAUCGUCUGACAUUUGGGCCUUGGGUGUAAUGGUUUUUUUUAUGUUGACUGGAAAAUAUCCAUUUGAAGGAAAAAACACGCCAAAUGUUGUAGACGAAAUAUUGAACAAGAAUAUAAACUGGAAGGGCAAAGAAUUUUCUUCUUUAUCAGUUGAGGCAGUAGAUUUUUUAAAAAAACUCUUGGAAAGAAAUGAAAAGAAAAGACUUACAGCUUAUCAAGCUCUUAAUCACCCUUGGAUUAAAUCGCAAGUGCAGUAA